AUAGUAGCAACAUGCAGUGAAGAGAACACCAAACAACACAUUGCAGAGAGAGAGAGAGAGAGAGAGAGAGAGAGAUCUUCACUACCUUCUCUUCUUCUCUUCUUCCAUGGCUUCCAAGCUGGUUCUCAUCAUUGUCUUCGUUUUUGACUUGAUCGCUUUUGGAUUAGCAGUUGCUGCUGAACAGAGAAGAAGCACUGCUAAAAUUGUUCUGGACAGUGAAGCGAAUUAUAAUUACUGUGUCUAUAAUUCUGAUAUCGCAACUGGCUAUGGUGUGGGAGCAUUUCUGUUCCUCAUGGUUAGUCAAAUCCUCAUAAUGGUGGCAAGUCGAUGCUUCUGCUGCGGGAAGCCUCUCAAACCCGGAGGUUCUAGGGCCUGUGCAGUUAUCCUUUUCAUAAUCUGCUGGGUGUUUUUCGUCAUAGCUGAGGUGUGCUUGUUGGCUGGAUCAGUGGAAAACGCCUAUCACACCAAGUACAGGACCCUCUUUGUGAAGGACAAUCCCCCUUCUUGCGAGACAGUUAGGAAGGGAGUUUUCGCUGCUGGUGCUGCUUUUGUUUUCUUCACUGCCAUAAUUUCUGAAUUCUACUAUAUCAACUACUCAAGUGCCAGGGAAAGCUUCCAACCAUACCUUGGUGGUGAGACCGGUGUCGGCAUGGGAGCCUACAAAUGAGAUUGUCAGUUAAGAAUUUCACUGCCAACCAACCUUACUACUGUCUGAGAAGUGACUAUAUCUAGAUUCUGGAUUCUGCAGCACAUUUGCUUUUUCCAUUCCCUGGAUUCAGUUGAAUAUCUUGUAUUUACAGUUUAGCUACUUUGCUAGAAUGAAUACGUUAUACCUUAGUAAUUUUUGUUGUUGUUACCUGUUGUGGUUUUCUACAGGUGAUUGAUUCAUUACUUCUUACAUUUUUGGGGUUCCUUGUGAUAUAUAAUACAUAUCAAUAAGAAAAUAACUUUCUUGCA